AUGGAAAUCUACGAGGUUAACUCUAAUUCAUGGAGGGUUCUUGAUAGCGAUAAUCCAGACUUCCAAAUAAACAGAGAUGGCAUUUCUUUAAAGGGAAAUACUUACUGGCUCGCUUCCAGUAACGAAGAAGACGAAGAAACAGUUGACUGUUUCUUAAUAAGUUUUGAUUUUACAAUGGAGAGAUUUGGGUCACCUAUUUGUCUUCCUAUUACUGGUUGUUUUCAUACAUUUUCACUAUCUUCUGUAAGAGAAGAGGAGCUUUCGGUGUUGUUUCAGCACGAAGAAGAAUCAACGCUGGAGAUAUGGAUCACAAACAAUAUCACUGAGACCAAUAAUGCCUUGUCUUGGAGCAAAUUUUUCAAAAUUGAUAUAAACGGUUUUCAACGGUUGUGGAAUGAUGUAUAUUUCUUCAUAGGCGAGGAAAAUAAAGUCGCUGUGUGUUGUGAUGACGUAGCCGGCGGUGGCUUCAACACCAUUUUAUUCGGCGGUGUCGCCAACAUUGUAUACAUUAUUGGAGAAGAUAGAUGGACAGAAAAGGAUCUUGGAGGAGAAUACGGACGUUGUCAACGUAUGUUCCGUUAUGUUCCAAGUUUGGUUCAAAUCUAG